CGUGUAUAAAGUCGAGUGAUCUGAAGCGUAUCGUUGAAUAGCAGAAAGAAGUUCCACAAUACAGUCCAACAGUGCUUAACCCUUGCGGCCCUUCCCAAAUUCCAAACCUCACGUCAUCGAUCAUUCUUCCUUGACCGAUACUCACCAUGUCCUCAUCGACCCCCAUUUCAAUUGUGCCUUCUCCCACCGAACUGAAACACGGCAGAAUCAGUCAACGCAACCUCGAGAUCGCUAUCCGAGCGCUUGCCCGCGAUGGACUCGUUGUAAUUGAGGCGAUGGUUGAUCAUUCCAUUCUGGAUCGGCUGAACGCGAAGAUGGUGCACGACGCGUAUAAGCUGCAAGCGAGCAAGGAUAGUCCUUUCAAUUACAAUAAAGGGAACAUUCAGCAGGAUCCUCCGCUGACAGAAGAGUGGUUCAGCGAUGAUAUUUUCAUCAAUCCCAUGGUCACUCAAGUUACAUCAACUGCAUUGGGUCCUAAGCCUUCUUUGCGCUUUGUAUCCGGAAAUACUGCGCUACCUCCGACCGAGACGACGCCGCCCACCUCUCAGCCGACUCACAAUGACGCGGACUUUGACCACCCCAACAUCCCAUUUGCUCUGGUGGUCAACGUUCCUUUAGUGACAAUGACGCCCGAAAACGGCUCUACAGAGAUCUGGCUUGGUACCCAUAACGGUACCACCAUCGCUGACCAAGAGGGUGAACACGGCGAUCGUGCUAGUGGCAGGAUCAAGAAGCACCUGCUUGAGGCUAGAAAGGAGGUCAGACCGCCUUCUCAGCCAGUCGUAAAGAAGGGCAGCAUUAUCAUUCGCGACUUGAGACUUUGGCAUGGAGGCAAACCGAACCUUUCCACAGAGCCAAGAGUGAUGCUUGCAAUGAUUCAUUUCGCACCAUGGUACCGCAACUCCAUGGACGUAGAGUUUGCGGAAGAGCUUGCCGAUCGACUAACUCCGGAGAAGACCGGAUUGCACAUUGCUGCGACGUUUGUUACGAACGAGCAGCUGCUGAAGAAUUACCUUCACCGGCCGUUUGGAAAUGCAUACGACUUCAACCAAACUGAUAGAAUCGAGGGCAUGUUUUGAUCGCGAUAGGCAGUAUAGUCGCUCAAUUCAGAAUGCAGGAUCUCUGUGCGCAUCCAAUAUUU